AUGGCGGAUAACACAAGAAUAAGGGAUUUAGCACAGCGAUUGGAUGCUUUGGAACAACAAAACCAUCGAUUAGAUCUACUAGAACAACAGCUGUGUUUUGCAGAACUGCUUACUUUUCCACGAUUUAAUUCUAGUGAUCCAACUUCAUGGUUUUUUUCGGUGGAUAGAUAUUGCCAAUAUUAUAGAAUCAGUGAAAAGGAACGUUUAUUAAUUGUUGCAUUCCAUCUAGAUGACCCUGCAGCUUGCUGGUUUAGGGGACUGAGUGAUGAAGGGUUACUACCCACUUGGGCUGCAUUUGUCAUAGUGCUACACAGGCGCUUUGGGCCAUCUGAAUUCGAUGAGCCCAUAGGUACCCUUGCUAAACUUCAGCAGCAAGGUUCUGUGGCUGAGUAUCAAUCUGCAUUUGAGGCUGCGGCCAGCAAGGUCCCUGGCCUCUCUGCCACUAUGAAAUGUGGCCUGUUUAUUUCAAGACUUAAAUCUCGCAUUCACCGUUUGGUUUUACCUCAAAGGCCAGGUGAUUGGCAUGAAGCGUUGGCUCUAGCUAAAGUUUUUGAAGACCAGCUUAGUGAUGAAAAAUCCAUACGCCCUUGGACGGCUAAACCACCUUUUUCUCCAUCCCAUAAUUCCCAAUUUCUUUCAUCGUCCCAUACAAAACCCUUUCAACCUUUAGCCCUCCCAAACCCCAACUCCACAAAACCCAUCCCAGCUAUCACCAUUCGCCGUUUAAGUCAAGCAGAGAUGCAAGUGAAAAGAGAUAAGGGUCUAUGUUUCAAUUGUGAUGAGAAAUUUGUUUAUGGCCACAAAUGCAAGGCACGCGCUUCAUUAUUGUAUUUAGAAGGGCUUGAGGAGGAUGAACCCCCUGAUACUGGUGAUCCAGUUCCUGAAACAAACGCACACAUAGAAGAGAUUGAGGAGGUUCCCGAAAUCAGUUUUAAUGCUUUAUCUGGCACUUAUUCCUCAAAGUCAUUCAGGUUAUUGGGCACUGUGAUGGGCCAGUCGGUCCAAAUCCUAAUUGACGGUGGUAGCACACAUAAUUUUAUCACUCCUAGAGUAGCUACUCACUUACACCUUACAUUGCUAUCUAUUCCACCAUUUAAUGUGCAGGUGGGGAACGGUGACUCACUUACUUGUUCAGCCAUGUGUCAAUCGGUUCCUUUAGACAUUCAAGGUCGCCGAUUCUCAGUGGACUUAUUUGUCUUGGAAUUACAAGGGGCUGAUAUGGUAUUUGGUGUCCAAUGGCUAUCAACUUUGGGACCUAUUGUGACUGAUUACCAAAAGCUGACAAUGGGCUUUGUAUUUCAAGGGGUACACGUCGUUCUUCAAGGAGAGCAAUGGAUUGCAGUAAGCUUUAUUACUUCCUCUCAAUUGCAUAAAUUAGUGGCUCAGAAGUCUCUGGAGUCUUGUAUUAUGUGCUUGUCUGCUGUGGCUGCACCACCAACUUUUGCCUCACCGAAACAGAAUGACCGUGAGCAGAACCCUGAAGUCCAGACCUUAUUGGACCAAUACAGAGACGUCUUUGCCGCACCCAAUUCCCUACCUCCAGAUAGGCCCAAUAACCAUCGCAUACCAUUAAUUCCUGAUGCCAAACCUGUCCAGGUUCGUCCAUAUAGAUACCCGCAUUUCCAAAAGAUUGAGAUAGAGAAACUGGUUGUGAAAUGUUACAAAAUGGGGUAA